AUGAUAUAUCGGGGCGGUCCAGGCAUAAGGGGAGCCAGAGGAGACCGAGGAGAGUCAGGAGUGACGGGACCUCAAGGGCCACUGGGAGAGCUUGGACCUCCUGGACCUUCAGGACCACCCGGCCCUCAGGGACCCAGUGGUCUCUCUAUCCAGGGCCCCCCGGGUGCUGCUGGGGGAAAGGGAGAGAAUGGAGCGGUCGGUCCAGCCGGAAUAAUGGGUGUUCCUGGAGGCCCAGGCUCAUCUGGCAGAGACGGCCCCCCAGGACCAAGGUUUGGUGUGUCAGGGCCUUUAAGCGUCCGAGGCAUUGCAGAGGUUCCGUCUUAG